UAACAUAACAAAAAUGUCAGAUGCAGCAGUCACAAAACUGCGUAUUUCUAAUUUGAGUGUAUGAUUAUAAAUAUUUGUAAAUUUGUGAUGUAAAUAAUAUCAGUAAUGGUGUUAGUUGCAUAGAUAUAACAAUUUUUCUAGUAAUUGUAUGGCAUAGUGUACCUUAAAAUGGACUAUUUAUAUUAUAAGAAGAAACGACCGACUAAUACAACCACCGAAUUAAUUAAUAAGUCAUAUUAAUUAAUAAUUUCGAAUACGACGUGUCUUCAGAUCGUCCCGUUUUAUUAGAGAUGAUAGUUCGCUGGCCGAACCCCCCAUCGUGAAAAUAGGACUGAACCAUGGGACAACAGACUUCAAGGAAGAGCGGCGAGUGCUCUUGCGGCUGCGGCUUCGAGCGGCGGCGCUACGCGGAGUCUCCGAGCAGCGUGCAGAGAUACGUCAGCGCUGUCACUGACAGAUGGUCGACCCGCGAGUGCUCGUGCCGGCGGCGCGGCCGGAGGCCGGCGUGCGUGUGCACGGCGUACCGCCGCGUCAGCGUCGCCGACGCCAUCGCCGACGACCGAUUGGCGGCAGUCAUAACGCUCGGGGCUAGGGAUCUACGCAGAGAGCUGGACACCAUCGUCUUAAACCGAGAAGGCGACAAUCCGACAGACAACUCUACUGCCGAGGUUUACGUUCUCUCAGUGGCUCCCAGGUCAGAUUCCGAGUCAUCACAAGACGGGAGAAGGAGCGAACUCACACAAGCUAGCGAUGGCUCCAUACGGUUACACCCACACUUCCAGGUGGUGUGCGGCGGCGAGCUGCGCGCCCUGCUGCUCCGCGCGCCGCUCCCGGGCCCGCUCGGCGCGCAACACCCUAUACCAGCUAAAGUCCACACGCAGGUGGACUACAUACAUUGCCUAGUACCCGACCUGCAACAGAUCACAGCCUGCUCGUUCUACUGGGGCAAGAUGGACCGCUACGAAGCCGAGCGACUACUGGACAAUAAGCCUGAAGGCACAUUCCUCCUCCGCGACUCUGCGCAGGAAGACCACCUGUUCUCUGUGUCGUUCCGCAAGUAUGGCCGCUCGCUCCACGCCAGGAUCGAGCACUACCAGCACCGCUUCAGCUUCGACUCCCACGACCCGGCCGUGUUCGCCGCACCCACGGUCACGAGGCUCAUAGAGCACUACAAGGACCCGGCGUGCGUGAUGUUCUUCGAGCCGAUGCUGACGGCGCCGCUCCCCCGCACGAGCCCCUUCAGCCUGCAGCAGCUCGCCCGCGCUGUGAUCGUCUCCCACACCAGCUACGACGGCGUAGAAAAGCUGCCCCUCCCGCCGCGCAUGCGCGCGUACCUAAAGGAGUACCACUACAGGCAGCGCGUGCGCGUGCGCCGCCUCGAGCCCGAGCUGUUCCCCCAUCUAUCCUAGCGACACCCCUUCUAUUGGUGAAUACUAUCAUCUAGCAUUAAAAGGAUACUUGAAAACAUUCAACUACUGUAUGUAACAUGGAUGAUGCGAAUAUUCGCAUCCGCAUCCGCGGAAUUUCCGCAUCCGCAUAAAAUCGAUGCGGAGCUGAUGCGGAUGCGGAUGUCAAACAAGUCGGUACAGGAACGUUUUAUUGGCGCGUAGGUGCUAGGUAAUUUCGUCAUUACCUAUAAUGAAAUCUUCUAAAUCCAGAAAAGUCGACCAAGUGACUGUUUAUUUAAUAUAACGCAACUAUAUUCUUGCUCAAAUAAUCUAAACCUUUCGUUUUUUUUUAAAUAAAAAUGUAAUAUUUGACGUUUUUUUUUACUUUAAAUAUUCGCAUCCGCGGAUGUUAAAAAAUCUGCAUCCGCAACAUCCCUGGUAUGUAAUAUGAGUCGAAUCGAAAUUCGGCUUUUUAUUCGUUUUUUAGCAUUAGUAAAAAGGUAAACAAUCUUGAUGUGUCUUUUAAUUUGAAAAACACGUUUUAAAAAUAAGUCACGGCAAAUAUGUAACAAUUAUGAAUCUAAUAUGAUCAUUUAUAUUCUUCUGAUUUUAUAAAUAAUAGUUACUGAUUUUUCAAAAGCGUUUUUCAAUUAAAAGACAUGUCAAGUUCGCUUACCUUCUUUCUAAUGCUAAAAAACGAACUACAAUUACUAUUAAUACCUUACCACCUAUUUAUACUAAAAUGAAUUCUGUUUAUAUGUGAAUAGAAUUCAUUUUUAGUUUAGGAUUGAUACAUUGACAAUAUUUCAAAUGAAUCCGGGGACAUCCUGGAGUAUGUAUAUUGUAUACGAUUUAGAACCUUAUAGUUAAGCAAUAAGGUACUGAAUUGUAGACAUAAUUGCAGAGAUACUUAUAAAAUAACAGAAUUAUAUCAUUCUAGUCUAAAAAUGUCACAUAAAACGUAAAAAAAAAAAAACGAAAAUUACCACAUGAAAAUUUUUAUCAGAAUUCGUUUCAAAUUUCGACCUCAUUUAUAACUGAGCUUAGUUAGCUUAGCAUUUCGUCGGGUGACAAGCAAAAGUCACUAAGUUCUAUCAAAAAAUUAAAGUAACAAUGCACUUUAUUACACUUGUAACACGGUUUAUUGUCCAAUAAUUUCAAUGGUGUUAGUUAGUGACUUUUGCUUGUCACCCGGCGAUUUUGUAACUGGAGACGUCAUGGCUGUCAUUUUCUGUACAAAACAGUCUGCCGAUUUUUGCGGGGGAGGGGACGUCAAAUGUAUUGCUAUUCCUACAUGAUUUGUACGUAACGUACAAAUAGCCAUGUCAGUCCGUAUAAAAGUUUGCACAAUUGUGCAAGGUUUUCGGCCCAGGGUUAAACUCUUAAAAGACGACUCCAGUUAUUAAAUGCUCUAAGGCAUUAGGGUGUCAGAAAUUACGCAAAAUUGAACCCUAUGACUUUGAAAUAAAGUUUAAAAUCAGGUGGGAAAUAUAUUCCCUCCGCCUUGUAAAGGCAGCAAAAUUUUUAAAGUUAUUUUCGCAUAAUUUCAACGAUAGUUCCAUAAUGGGACAGAAUACGAAAUGUAUGUAUGUACGAAAUGUACGAUACGAAUGACGAUAUCUCUUGAACUUUCGAGUGUAUGUCGAAUCGAUAGUCCUAUAGAUGAAAAGUAUUUGAUAAUGUAAAUAUUGUUUAAUUAUUAAAUAAGUGAUAAUAAUUAGGUUUAAAGAGACUUUAAACAACAGUUAUAGUUCGUUUUUUUAGCAUUAGAAAUAAGGUAAACAAUCUUGAUGUGUCUUUUAAUUGAAAAACACAUUUUAAAAAUAAGUUACGGCAAAUAUGUAACAAUUAUGAAUUUAAUACGAUCAUUUAUAUUCUUCUGCUUUCAUAAGUUAUAGUUACUGAUUAAAAAAAAAAUCAAUUAAAAGACAUGUCAAGAUCGCUUAUAAUCUUGCAAGUUCUUUCUAAUGCUAAAAAAACGAACUAUACGUGUUAUACUCUGUAUCUUGUAGGUAUUUAAAUAAAAGUACACAACUAAUUUGUACAUUUUCGGGUAGUUAUAACAUUUAUUGGUUAACCAACCAAAUACAAAACCACCUGGAUCUGUCACUGAACGACCUGACUUGAACCUACAUUAUUUGAUCGUGUAAUGUUUUCAUCUACCCUCAACUGGCUUAAGAAGCCAUUUGAGGGUAGAUUUUGUUUACUUUUUUUAAAUACCUUAAGAUACAGACUAUAAUGUUAGACGUUCGGAUGAUUUGAAACUACCCAAAUAUUGAUAUUACCCAUUUCUAAGUGAUUUUUUUUCUUAAUAUAUGAAAUUGUCGUAGUAACAUUUUAGGUAUUUACCAAAUAUUUACUACAGUGACGAAAAAGCGUUCCUAAAAGGAUUAGUAACACAGUAUGGACGUAUGCGACUCCAUGGGUGUAACGUGCGCGUUGCUAACCUUUUAUAACGUAUUUAAGUAUUCACAGAAAAUAGCUGAUCGAAACAAAAUUUGUUUGGCGUCUCUCUUAACCUUAAUUUUUUGUUUAUUAUAAGAAACGGAAAUAAUGUAAUAUAAAUAUAAGAUUAAUUUUAUAUUCUUGUAUAUAAAAAUGUAUCUACUUAAUGGCUGGUUUUUAAUUUAAUUCCCAUCAAAGGGUAUACUUUGGAAACCAGUUUUUUUUUUCUUUAUAAUAAUCAUGGUUUGCGGCAUUUUUAGUUAUUUAUUAGUUAAUAAAAUGCCUUUACUUGACAUAAAUUAUAGUCUGUAUCUUUAGGUAUUUAAAUAAAAGUAAACAAUUUGUAAAUUUUCGGGUAGUUAACAUUUAUUGAUUAACCAACCAAAUACAAAACCGCCUGGAUCUGUCACUGAACGACCUGACUUUAACCUACAUUAUUUGAUCGUGUAAUGUUUUCAACUACCCUCAACUGGCUUAGCGAGCCAUUUGAGGGUAGAUUUUGUUUACUUUUAUUUAAAUACCUAAAGAUACAGAUUUCUAUUAAUAUAAGUUAUACAUUAUAUAAUAGUAGUUAAGGGGUAUAUUGUAUAUUUACUAUGUAAAAGUGGCUAUAGCUUAUGUCAAGUAUGGACAUUUCUAUAUUACUUUUAGUAUUAUAAUCAAGGUUAAUAUACUUGGUCAAGCAAAUCUUGUCAGUAGCAAAAGGCGGCAAAAUUUGAAAAUAUCGCGGGUUAUCAACACUGUUUUCGAAUAAUUCCAAAAUCGCGUGUCAUCUGUGUUUUAUCUGUGGAAUGUGGAUCGUGAAUGACAGCCAUCUUGUUUGUUUACAUUCUGAAUCGUUGCUGUUUCAAGAGAAAUUUCUGCUGUCACUAUUAAAUACCAAUAUAUUAAAUAAGAUUGUGCAUGAACUUAAGCAAAGUCAAGGUGCCUACAAUGUACAAUCAUGCUCGUUGAAAUAUUUGUAAAAUUUGAGGUUAUGAUAAUGACAUGUUUUGGUUCGAUGUACAUUGCUGCUUUUCUUAGCGCAAUACUGCUCUUUGAGUGUUGCCCUACUUUGCUGUACAUUGCUACUGACAUACUUUGCUUGACAGACUAUACAACUGGCGCUUUUUUGACACAUUAUCUGUCACUUAAUUGUUAAGUGCGAGUGAGACAGGUGAUGGCAGUCAGUUGUAAUAAAGUUCGUCUAAGCUAACUCUGCACGCAGAGACAAAGUGCGGAAGUACCACGACUGUAAAGCUGCCUUUCCACUGAGGGGACGUACCGAAAUCAACCAAUAACAUUGGUUCUCUUCUCCGCUCCGCUGAAUUGUGCUCCGCGCAAACAUUGGGGAGACACUCGUCCUUUCGGUCAAACUCGGCUACAUUCGGCUCUGCAUUGCUCCGAGCAAUUAUUAGGGUUGGCACCACUUGCGUGCACGACCACAGAUAAGAUAAAAACUUGAAUUUUGACAACCCUAAAUAGAGAUGGUGCCAUAUAUUAGAAAGGGGCAGCAUGAUUCGACCCUGAAUCGCUGCCAAAUUUUGUAGGAAGUGUCCUUUCUGUAUGGUAGUACUAUUACUUAUUCUGCGCUAUUGGUUGAUCCCUGCACGUCUCUCUCCGCUCAGUGGAAAAGCAGCCUAAACGUAAUACUUUCAUAGCCAUUUGAUGUGGUGUUGCUUCCACACUCGCUUGCCAACACAGUGCAUAUUUAGCUUGGUCCGAUCAGCUAUAUUUUAGAUUUUUUCACCAUAUUUAUUACUGAACUUGUUUAUUGUAUCAUACAUCACAUUAUAUAAUAGGCCUAAAUUGAUAUAAUGUCCGCCGGAAAAAUUAAGUGAUAAGGUAUAUGUUGACCCUUUGAACGCUACGCCUAUCGUGCGCGGCGCGUCAUCGUGAACCUUGCCGGAAUGCACGAGUAGGGUGGUUGAAAAAAACUUUUUCACCUCAGCAGCUCGAACAAGGGCACUUUGCUUCUUAAAAACAGUGAGCAAAAUGCGAUUUUGCUCACUGAGUCAUUUUGUCUCACUCAGUGAGCAAAAUCGCAUUUUGCUCACUGAGUGAGACAAAAUGACAUUCAAGUGACCUUUAUAGUCAAAUGUCAUUUCAACAUGCGGGGUCUAAUACAAGUUCGAUAUACUUGGGUUCUAUUAUCUCUGUCCCUCUAGGUAUGUUCUCACUGCUUAGGGUGAAAUUUUUUGUGUACUACACGAGAUCAAAGUUAUUUACAUCUCGUGCGCUUUUGAAUCCCUUACGACGCUCAAGAUUCUAAAUUAGAUUUACUCGCUACGCUCGUGAAUCUAUUAUAGAAUCUUUCGCUUGCACGGGACUCAAAAUAAGCACUCGAAGAAAUAUCAAACUUUAAUCUCUUGUUGUACAAAUAACUAUUUUUUUUCCGACGGGACACCCCCUUAUUUUGUUACACUUAUUACUUAUGUUUAGGGUUUGCAAUCCGGAUCCGAAAUGUAUGAAAUUAUCCGGAUCUGGAUCCGGAUCCGCGGAUCUUCCCAUACAUUUCGGAUCCGUCGUGCAAACCCUACUUAUGUUAAUAAAAUACACCAAGUUAUGUAACUUUAUCUCAACUGCAAGAAGGUGUUCAACCACUUUGAAAAUUUUCAACGUAUGAAAUUUAUAAAAAAAAGUAUUUAUUAUUUAGAUUUUUAUUCAAGUACCUGUUUUCACACUAUUUGUACACAUGUUUUGAAGUAGAAAAACAUUUUUAAAUAUUUCUAUUUUAUAUAAAUUUUCAAAUUUGUUAUUUUCGAAUUUUCACUUAAAACAUUUAUAAAACAUAGUAAGUAAUAAUAAUGUUUUUUUUAUAACUUAUAAAUCACAUUUUCAAAUAAUGUGAAAACAACUACUUAAAUAAAAAUCUAAAAAUUCUAAAUAAGAAUUUUUUUUUUUUUGGAUUUCAUACUUUUUUUGAGAAAUUUCAAAGUGUUUGAGCACCCCUCUGUAGUUGAGGUAGUUAAGGUUACAAAAAUCUGCGUAUUUUAUCAACAUAAUAAGUGUAACAAAAUAAGGGGGUGCCUCUUCUAGCUAGAGUUUGAAUUUUUCCCAUACAAACGUGAACCACCCUAGUCUAUAUCUUUAGGUAUUUAAAGAAAAGUAAACAAUCAAUUUGUAAAUUUUCGGGUAGUUAUAACAUUUAUUGGUUAACCGACCAAAUACAAAACCGCCUGGAUCUGUCACUGAACGACCUGACUUUAACCUACAUUAUUUGAUCGUGUAAUAUUUUCAUCUACCCUCAACUGGCUUGAGGAGCCAUUUGAGGGUAGAUUUUGUUUACUUUUAUUUAAGUACCUAAAAAUACGGAAUUAUAGCACGAAGGUUGAUAUUGGGCUGAAGCCGCGCGCGUUAGUUCACGUCUUUAGCGGUCGAAGGGUGAAACGUUGAAUACGAGGCAGGCAAUCCUCUUUCAGCAUAUAAAAAAAUUAAGAGCACUAUAAAAAAACAAAUGUAAAAAUUAAUUGCAUAGUUCAUAUAUAUUCUUAAAAGCCUUUUAUAUGUUCCUCGAUUUGAUAUUUGCCUAAAAAAAGUAUAUAAGUCAGUAUAUUUACUAAGCUUUGGUGCGUAUAUUUUUGCCUUUUCAUUUGGUCUCUAAUAAUAGUAAUAAUUGUACAUUACAUAUUGUAUAUUGUAUAGGUAUGUAUAGAUUAAUUGUAUAUGUAUAUGUUGUGUCCAUUUACUGUAGAAAUUAUGCUAAGUAGCAAAAUGCUUCAAAAUAUUGUGGCAGAAUGUUUCCAGUUGAAGAUGGCGCUGCAAUCCCGUUUAUUAUGAGGUGACUAGGUUGGUUGUUAACCUUUUGGACGCCAAUGACCGAUAUAUCCGCACCGCAGGUUCAACGCCAAAGAUUGAUUAAUCGGACACACACCACAGAGCAACAUAGACCUAGAGGCAUAUGCAUAAACUUCAAUUUCAUGGCGUCCGAGUGACAGCUUUUGUGUUUGACACGGCGUCGAAAAGGUUAAACAAUUGACAGCCAGUUGCCACAAAAAGUCGUAUAUCGCCAUCUACUUGAGCUGUUAUUAUUGUAGCAACAAUAUCUUGCACUAUUUUACGCGUACUAUUAGUUUUUUUUUUCUUAUAUUCUGUAUCUUUAGGUACUUAAAUGAAAGUAAACAAAUAAUUUAUACAUUUUCGGGUAGUUAUAACAUUUAUUGAUUAACCAGCCAAAUACAAAACCACCUGGAACUGUCACUGAACGACCUGACUUUAACCUACAUUAUUUGAUCAUGUAAUGUUUUCAUCUACCUCUCAUUUGAGGGUAGAUUUUGUUUACUCUUUUUUAAAUACCUAAAGAUACAGACUAUAAGUAAGUGGACACAAAUAUAGUGCAUAAUAGCACUUGACGCAAAGCGUACAAAUUAUUGAAAAAUAAAUACAUAUAUUUUAAAGGA